UGAGUGUGUGAGCCUGCCUAGAAUCGCUCAAGCGGGAGUUGGCUGUUACUGUGCUCUCAGCCUCCAGCAUACGCUUCGUCCAAGCUUUCGCAAACACAUCAACAGGACCUUCGUCGCUUUACGCAUCCUCUUUUUAUUAAUAUUCCAUAAGCUCGCUACCGAACGCGUGCUAAGAACUUUUCAGCUCGAGUUUGUAUUAAAAACAGCCCCAAAAUUUCGAAAACAUCGAAAAUGGUCUUCGAUUGUGGUGUUUGGUGUGCAAAGUAUUUGCUUUGCAUACUGAAUUUCAUAUUUUUUGUGCUAGGCACAAUUAUAUUCGGAGUUGGACUAUGGCUGGCCGUGGAUAAACACUCGCUGAUUGCUCUGCUGAAGCUCGUCGAGAGCGAACGCAUCGAGCAUUUUACACAGACUCAGGUCAUAGAGCAAAUGGCUUACGUUCUGCUCGUCAUCGGAGCCGUGAUGUUCUUCUUGAGCCUCUUGGGCUAUUUGGGCGCCAUGCGUGAGUCUCGCUGUCUGCUCUCCACGUACGGCACCCUCCUCAUACUGCUGCUGGUCGCCGAGCUGGUGGCCGGCGGCCUGGCCAUCUUCUACAAGGAGCGUGUGCGCAGCGAGAGCAAAAAGUUUCUGCAAACAACAAUCACGACCUACACGCUGGGCGAGAACAUGGACGCCAGUUCGCUGAUGUGGAACCAGCUGAUGGGCAACUUUGGCUGCUGCGGCGUCAAUGACUAUCGCGACUUUGAUGAGUCGGAGGCGUGGAAGAAUACCAAAGGCAAUCGCACCAUACCCGAUGCCUGCUGCAGGCUGAAGGACGUCGCACAGCUGGUGCCGCGCGACGAGGACUGCGCCACCAAUCCCAGCGAGAGCAACAGUUACUACAUGAAGGGCUGCUAUGAGGUCUUCACUGAGUGGUUGAUACGGCAAAGGGAGCUGAUCAUUGCCGUCAUUGUCACCGGCAUUGCCCACCUGGUGCUGGUCAUACUCGCCUUUGCGCUAUGCAAAGCAUUUGCCAAAUACGACGAUAUGCGUCUGUAAAUUGAGUUCACUGUUAAGACUAGCCAAAAAGAAAGUGAAGAAAAGCACACACACACAGAUAACAGGACAUUCCAAUUAAACGAAGACAGUGAAUGGAAACCGCUAAAGAGAGUAUUGAACAACAACAACAACAACAACCCUAACGAAAAUUGAGUUGUGCUCAAAAACUUUAAAUGCAUUUCCCAGCCCUCACACAAGAAUAGAAAAAAAAACUUUUACUCUUAAAAAAAAAAAAAAAAAAAAAAAACUUGAAGAAAACAUAAUGAAAUAAUGAAAGAUAGUUAAACAAAAAUAUUUAAUCACUUUGCUAGAAAUGUUGCUCAGAAAAUAUUGAAGAAAUGGAAAGCGUUUUUGAGGGAAGAUACAAAGAGAAAAAAAUAUUGCUACGCAUAUUUAUUUGUGAAUGAAUCGAAAAAUAAAAACCUGUUUUGAUAGCAGUUUUAGUUCUUAAGUAGUAUUCUACUAUAUACAUACAUACAUACACACUUACACACACACAUGUACACACACCUACAUAUAUAUAUGUAACAAUUUUUAAUAAUAUUUCAUUUAAAAAUAAUCAUGUGCAACGCUGACUCUUCGCAGACGAAGCAAACGGCAAAAACCACUCAAAUGCAUCACAACAAAUAUUAAAAUAGAAACAAGAAAGCGAAAGCGAAAUAAAAUUGAAAAAUUUUGAAACACAUCUUAACGAAAUCGAAAUUGCGAUUUUCAAUAUAGAAAUAUUGUACUUUGUGUAUUAGAUCGUAAGUCCUUCAUAUAUAUAUAUAUAUAUAUAUAAAAAUAUAUAUUUAAGUUCUAAUUUUAGUUGUUUGCUAUGGCUAUAUUCAAGUUUUUAACUACGUAUUGAGCGGACGCGAAACAUCCACGUGCAAGGCUCUUUUUUUUUGUUAAAAAUGAAUGUUGUACAUUUUUGAAUUCUAUAUAUAUAUAUAUAGAUAUUUAUAUAUAUGUAUACACAUUUACACGUACAUCAUAUAUAAAUAUACAUAUAUAUACAUAACUAUUAUUAAUGCAUAUUAUAAACACGUGUCUGUAGUUUACUUAAUGUACUUUUGAAAGCAAGCGAAAUCCCCCUAACUGAAAAUUGAA